GGACGCUGCCACUGGGUAAUAAAACCCGGCGUUGCCCGCCUUUCUCACAUUCUCUCGAGUUGGAAAACACAAGAGGAUCAACAGAACAGAGAUGUCGUACGUGACCAUCACAGCAGUUCUCUUAUGCAUGGUGGUGCUGAACGCCGCUUCGAGCAAUCAUGAUUGUUGUCCGGGAAGCACUUUCAGUACAGCGGCGUGUGGCGCCAUCAAAUGCCAAUGCGACAGAGAUGAACCCGUUCAAAAUCUGAGUCCCUCUUGCAAACUGAAUGUUCUGGAUUACUUCUUUAACCUAGGCUGCGAGACGACGAACUGCAGCAAGGAGAAUAUAGAGUACGCAAUGGAAAAUGGGUCGAUAAAUGCUACCAAUGGAUACACCAUCGAUGACAUCGCUAAGAAUAACUGUCCACCUCCUUUGACUUAA